CUCGCGGUCUGUGGAUGCCCCGGGUCCCCGCGACCUUCCCCGGCACUAGACGGCUAGAGGACCCGCGCGACCGGAAGUAGCGGGCAUGCUGAUCCCAUUUUCAAUGAGGAAUUGUUUUCAGUUGCUUUGUAAUCACAAAGUUCCGGCUGCUGGCUUUAAAAACACAGUAAAGAGUGGACUCAUUUUGCAGUCUGUUUCCAAUGAUGUUUAUCAAAAUCUAGCUGUGGAAGACUGGAUCCACGACCAUGUGAACCUAGAAGGCAAGCCGAUUCUCUUCUUUUGGAGGAACUCGCCUUCUCUUGUGAUUGGGAGACAUCAGAACCCUUGGCAGGAAUGUAACCUGACUCUCAUGAGAGAGGGCGGCAUCAAACUGGCUCGGAGACUGAGCGGAGGAGGAACCGUGUACCAUGACAUGGGCAACAUCAACCUCACUUUCUUUACCACCAAAACCAAGUAUGAUAGAAUGGAAAACCUGAAGUUAAUUGUGAGGGCUCUCAACACUGUCCAACCCCAGCUGGAUGUGCAGGCCACAAAAAGAUUUGACCUGUUACUUGAUGGGCAGUUUAAGAUCUCGGGAACAGCUGCUAAGAUCGGCAGGACCACUGCUUACCACCACUGCACCUUGCUAUGCAGUACUGACAGGACCACUUUGUCUGCUUUGCUGAAGAGCCCAUCCCAGGGGAUCAAGAGCAACGCCACUGCUAGCAUACCGGCUGUGGUGAAAAACCUUCUAGAAAAAGAUCCCACUCUGACCUGUGAAGUGCUGAUGGAGGCUAUUGCUGCCGAGUAUGCUGCUUAUCAUCAAAUUGACAAUCACAUCCACCUCAUCAACCCAACAGAUGAGACACUGUUUCCUGGACUAAACAGCAAAGCCAAAGAACUACAAACUUGGGAGUGGAUCUAUGGCAGGACUCCAAAGUUUAGCGUAAACACUACCUUUAAUGUGUUGUACGAGCAGGCACAUUUUGAGGUCAGAGUAUUUCUAGACAUAAAGAAUGGAAGAAUCGUAGUCUGCAAGAUCGAAGCACCUGAUCAUUGGCUGCCGCUGGAAAUAUGUGAUAAAUUAAAUUCAAGUCUGAUGGGCAGCAAGUUUUGCCCAACUGAAACUACUGUGAUAACACACAUGUUACUCAGAAUGUGUCCCGAAGACCGGGAACUACAUAGUAAAUGGAAUGUUCUCUGUGAAAAAAUUAAAGGAAUAAUGUGACUCCAAGUAACUGUCAUUAUACUGACAGUUUCAAUGAGAAAAUUUUAAAAACAAUUUUUAAAUGACUUAUGUCUUGGAAAAAAUACCUAGUUUAUUUCAGUAACUUCUCCCCGCAUUACCUUGCCUAGCCCCUGUCCUUGCCCAUGCCCAUGCCCACGCUUUCUGCCAGCCUCUGGGAUGCUUUACCUCUGUGUUCAUGGGUCUUAACACCUGGCACACAUUUAUAUUUCACUCUGCUCCUUGCUCUCUUCCUGCAGUUAGAUUUGAGCAUCUUACACAUGCUGAUGCCACAGGUAGUCUUUUGGCUUUCCUACUCCUAAGGAAUAUAACCGAGGUUUCUCACUACGUCCAAAUCCUAAACUCUGAAAUUUGCCUUUUAUCUGUAUUUUUUUUAAUCUCUCCACCUUCCUACUAAAUCAAGCCCUAUACUUUCUAAGCCUUUGAUACUUCCCUAAUCUUUCCUAGUUUCAUUUCCCUUCCUAUUCCAGCCUGGAUAUUUAUUUAUUUAUUUAUUUAUUUUAAAUUUUGGUGCUGGAAAUCGAACUCAGGACCUUG